GUGACAUACGGCUGCGUGCUUAGUGUCAUGAGUAGAUCGACUCUCACGUGUGAAGGUGGUACAGAUGCUCUUGAGUGUCCACCUGGAUACGUAAUCGAUCUGCAAGAUGCGCUCUACGGUAGAGUCGAUCGUGACGUCUGUCCUCACCCCGCUAUUCACACUGACACGUGCAGUGCGAACGGUGUCUUCGACAAGAUUGCAGCCGAAUGUAACGGCAGGUCAACCUGCUCUCCAAGUGCGUCGAACUCAAGGUUUGGAGAUCCUUGCGGUGGGACAUAUAAAUACUUGAGCACGAAGUACCAAUGCGUUCCACCAUCUACAUCGACGAGCGCGCUCGCUUGCGAAGGACGUCCAGCGUCGAUGUCAUGUCCAUCAGGACAAACUGUUUCGGUCAUCUCGGCAUCCUAUGGACGACACAACGCACACACGUGUCCCCACUCGGCCGUAUCGAACCAGAACUGUCACGCGAGCAACUCUCUCGAAAAAGUCAAAAGUCAGUGCGACGGACGGCGCAGUUGCUCGCCGCACGCGAGUCACCACACUUUCGGUGAUCCCUGCGGAGGCACAUACAAGUAUCUCGAAGCUGCGUACACGUGCGUC